AUCAAAUAUAUAUUUUUAUGUAAUUUUUCUUAUUUCUUAAGCUUCACUUUUGACUUCCUGUCACUUGUGUAACUUCCUUUCAUUGUGUGCACAUCAUGGUCACACCUAGACAAAACGAGAACUAGAUCUCAGACACACCGGUGCACCCAUAUGGUAAUGGCAACCAAGCACACACACCCAGAACACACACACACACACACACACACACACCAGGAACACACAAACACACACACACAGACACACACACACACACACACACUCAUAUGUUCAUACAUGCAUCUUAAUUGUUGUUAUAUUUCUCAAUAUCCAUAUGGGGUAUUUUUUUUACCUCUGACUUCUUUGAUUCGAUGCCAAGGGCAUCCUGUAUGUUGUUGCAUGAAUCAGUGUUGUAUAAAUAUGACCCAUCUUACUUAAUAAAGUUGAGAAUUUUAUGGUAGUGCACUAGCUCUCUAUGUCUGCUUGAUCAAUUAAUUAAUUUCAUCAGUAUUUUAAUCCAUCAGGCCAGUGCUGCAGCAAUGCAUCAGUUCAUUUCCAUGAUGUUUUCACUGCUAGUCAUUACUGGACUGCAGGUGAGUGUUGAGUCCACAGGAACACGUUCUGAGCGAAGCAUCGACAGAAAUUACAGAUCAGAGCUGACUGUGCCGAAUGGAGGGAGAUGGGGGUCGUGGGGUCACAGAGAAAUGUGUCCAACUGGAACGUACGCCGCAGGGUUCAGUCUAAAGGUGGAAGAUCCCAUUGGUCAUGGGGAUGAUACUGCGCUCAACGGGAUACGCCUUCAUUGUGUUCAUACGUCUACAGGCUUAGCACACUCAUAUUACAACUACGUCUCAGUUGGGUCAGAUGUAGGCAGCUGGGGUCGUUGGACAGAUAUCAAAUGGUGUCCUUUUGGAUUCUUGACUGCUUUUCACCUGAGAGUUGAAGUGCCUCAAGGAAAUGGUGACGACACAGCCGCAAACAACAUCAGGUUCAUAUGCAGUCAAGGGCAUUUACUGCUGGGUGACGGCACACACUGGGGCGACUGGGGCGACUGGAGCCAAACAUGUCAAGGAAAGGGAAUUUGUGGUAUCAAGACGCGGAUAGAAAUGCCGCAAGGACGCGGAGACGACACCGCUCUCAAUGACGUGCGCAUGUUCUGCUGCGAUUAAGGUGUUAGAGGACAACAACAAGAACAGCAAGAAGAUCAGAUGGAUCAUAAUAAUUGAUCAGCAUACUGUUAUGAGCUCCCAUGAACCAUGUCAUACAACAUCAAGUCAUUAACACAAAAUAAAGCAUGUGAUCAGGACCUCAACACAAAGCAGAGGUCGACUGUACAUCAUCUCAUUUAUUACAUGGCAAUGCAAAGUGUGUUUUAUCAGUUCAUGCAUUUCAAAUCCACAAUCUCCGUAUACUCGACAUUAACUGUAAAGCUGUCAACCCGGUUACCUGUCAUUUUUCUGAGG